UUAUAACCUUAGCAGAAGGAUUUAGAGACACACGCUGAUCUUUUAGCAUGUGGGCCUUGUUGGUGCUCACUUUUGGACUUGCUGCUGGAGCAUUAGAAAGCAGCAACAAGACGACAGCUGAAGAACGGCUUGCUAUAGCCAGAGCUAAACUGAUGGCACCCAGUGUGGUUGGAUGAGCCAUAAAGAAAAUGCCUGAGCUCCAUCACUUCCUCAUGGAGCGAUCGGCUUUAUACCAUAACUUAGAGUAUGACUCAUCAGAGGAGAAGAAGCCCCAUCUGAUAUUUUACAAUGAAAAGGAUGAAGUUGUGAAGACUGUCCCUGUGAAGAACAUGAAGGCAGAUGAGAUCAGCAGCCUGUUAGAGUCUCUGGGUUUCUAUAAGAGGUCCCAGAAAGGGGAAAAAGUGCCAGAGGAGUUCCAGAACUUCCCACUGCACGCACCAAGGGACGAGCUGUGAUGACCCCAUGUGGCCAAACUUUGCAUCUGCAACCCAGCCGCAUUAAUGAUGAGUGGGGCUAAAAGGCAAGACUGUUACAGCCAGGCCCCAUUCUGAGGACUCGCUGGUUGGAUGCAGUGUGGAGAGUGUUAGGCAUACUAAAGGCUUACUGUUUAUUUACACACUUAAAUAAAAAUUACAAAAACUAGAUUCCA